AUGCAAAGAGUGUUGGCUUGGUCAUCGUUGAGAAGUGUUGAAUUGUUAGCAGUUAAAAGACUAAUGUCAUCGCAUUCCGCAUCGAUGCUGAUCACGAAUCCGAGAUAUUCAUUUCUGAAAGAACUCGGUCUGAACGAGAACAAUGCCGGUGUUUUCAACGGUGAAUGGCGAGCGUCUGGUAAGGUGAUCGAGUCGGUAUGCCCCGCAAACAACCAACCUAUUGCUAACGUCCAAACUGGUACGACAGAGGAUUAUGAACGUGCUGUGAAAAGUGCCGUGACUGCGUACCAGUGUUGGGCUGAUAUGCCUGCACCGAAACGUGGCGAAAUCGUGAGGCAGAUCGGUGACGAACUCAGGAAACAACUCGAUAACUUAGGAAAACUGGUAUCAUUGGAAAUGGGUAAAAUCCUACCCGAAGGAAUAGGUGAGGUGCAAGAGUACAUCGAUAUUUGUGAUUAUGCGGUAGGACUGUCACGAACAAUGGCUGGUCAGGUGUUGCCAUCAGAACGAGAUGGUCAUAUGCUUAUUGAACAGUGGAAUCCACUUGGUGUGAUCGGCAUUAUAUCAGCAUUCAAUUUUCCGUGCGCUGUCUACGGAUGGAACAAUGCGAUUGCGUUAGCUUGUGGAAACGCUGUACUGUGGAAACCUGCUCCGAGCACACCGCUCACUUCCAUUGCUAUCAUUAAACUCAUCGAGAAGGUAUUAAAAUCAAAUAAGAUCCCCGCAGUGUCGUUCACGGGUUCAACCGCCGUUGGGCAGAUCAUAGGUCAACAAGUGCAAUCACGAUUCGGAAAG